AUGCACCAUAGUGGCCGCACCUUUGCUGUUGAUUUGAAUGCCCACUCUUGUUCAUGCCAUGCUUGGGAUUUGAAUGGAAUACCAUGUUUGCAUGCUUGUGCUGCAAUAAUGUACAAGAAAGAGGCUUAUUUGAGAGCCUAUGAACCAAUGAUUAUGCCUAUGACUAGCCAAGAUCAGUGGAUGAAGAUUAAUUUACCUCCAUUACUCCCUCCGAAAUACCACAAACAGGCUGGUAGGCCUAAGAAGACAAGAAAACAAGUUGUUGAUGAACCUAAACAACCUGUUAAUCCAUAUAAGCUUCCUAGGUAUAUCAUCCCUUUAAAGUGUGGCAAUUGCGGUGAAGGGCAUAAUCGAAUUAGUUGUAAGAGUAUGCAAUUAAGGCAAAGGAAACAAGCAAGCAGUUCCCAAGGGCAUUCUCAAUCCCAGGCAUCUGAAGUAGCUGAUUCUUCUCAAUCCCAACCAUCUCAAGCAGUUGAUGCUUCUCAAUCCAACCAUCUCAAGCAUCUGAACGUGCCAAACUAUCUCGAGUACAACAACGUAGGAGGAUGA